AUGACAUCAUCAGGCCCUGCCCACUUUCCCCUCCCCCUACGACAUCAUCAUCACUAUGUCUCCCUCUGGAUUGGACAAACACCUCAUCAGCUGUCCCUGUGGCCCCGCCUCCUUCUGUCUCUCUGGCUCUGGAUUGGUGGACUGAUGACCCAGGUGAGCGCCUCCCACCAGCACUUCCACCCCCGCUCCAUCAAGAUACCUGGUGACAUCACCCUGGGGGGGCUGUUCCCCGUCCACGCCCGCGGGCCCCACGGGCUGCCCUGCGGCGAGCUGAAGAAGGAGAAGGGGAUCCACCGCAUGGAGGCCAUGUUGUAUGCCCUGGACCAGAUCAACAGCGACCCCUACCUGCUGCCCAACAUCACGCUGGGGGCCCGGAUCCUGGACACCUGCUCCAGAGACACCUACGCUCUGGAGCAGUCCCUCACCUUCGUCCAGGCGCUGAUCCAGAAAGACACGUCCGACAUCCGCUGCUCCAAUGGGGAGCCGCCGAUCCUCCGCAAGCCGGAGCGCGUGGUGGGCGUGAUCGGGGCGUCGGCCAGCUCCGUGUCCAUCAUGGUCGCCAACAUCCUGCGCCUGUUCGAGAUUCCUCAGGUGAGUUACGCCUCCACGGCUCCGGAGCUCAGUGACAACAACCGUUAUGACUUCUUCUCCCGGGUGGUUCCUCCGGACUCGUACCAGGCUCAGGCCAUGCUGGACAUCGUCCGGGCGCUGGGAUGGAACUACGUGUCCACGUUAGCAUCGGAGGGAAACUACGGAGAGAGCGGAGUGGACGCCUUCAUGCAGAUCUCCAGAGAGGCCGGUGGGGUGUGCAUUGCUCAGUCAGUGAAGAUUCCUCGCGAGCCGACAGAGGGAGAGUUCGAUAAGAUCAUCAGACGUCUCAUGGAGACGAGUAACGCCAGAGGCGUCAUCAUCUUCGCCAACGAAGACGACAUCAAGCGUGUCCUAGAGGCAGCCAAGCGUGCUAACCUGACGGGUCACUUCCUGUUUGUGGGUUCAGACAGCUGGGGCGCCAAAAGCUCCGCCAUCACAGAACUGGAAGACGUGGCCGAGGGCGCCGUCACCAUCCUGCCCAAACGAGUGUCCAUCGACGGCUUCGAUCAGUACUUCACGUCUCGUUCUCUGGAGAACAAUCGCAGGAACAUCUGGUUCGCUGAGUUCUGGGAAGACGACUUCAGGUGCAAACUGACGCGACCGGGAAUCAAACUGGAUCCUGACAAGAAGAAAUGCACCGGUGACGAGCGGAUUGGUCGGGACUCGCCCUACGAGCAGGAAGGGAAGGUUCAGUUUGUGAUUGACGCAGUGUACGCGGUGGCUCACGCUCUGCACAGCAUGCUGCAGAACCUGUGUCCGGGCAGCGCCGGCGUCUGCAGCACCAUGGACCCGGUGGAGGGGCGCUCGCUGCUCGACUACAUCAGAGCCGUCAACUUCAACGGAAGUGCUGGUACCAGUGUUCUGUUCAAUGAGAAUGGAGACGCUCCUGGUCGUUAUGACAUCUUCCAGUUUCAGAUGACCAAUCACAGCCACCCUGAAUACCGAGUCAUCGGCCAGUGGACCAAUAACCUGAGACUUAAUUUGGAGGACAUGCAGUGGUCUGGUGGAGAUAAAUUAGUUCCUGACUCCGUCUGUAGUUUUCCUUGUAAAUCAGGAGAGAGGAAGAAGAUGGUGAAGGGAGUUCCCUGCUGCUGGCACUGUGAGCUCUGUGAUGGGUACCAGUACCAGCUGGAUGAGUUCACCUGUGAGAUGUGUCCAUCAGACAUGCGUCCCGCCCCGAACAGAACCACGUGUCGCCCGACGCCGAUCAUCAAGCUGGAGUGGAACUCGCCCUGGGCUCUGGUUCCCGCCUCCCUCGCCAUGCUGGGGAUCUUAGCCACCAGCGCUGUGGUCAUCACCUUCAUCCGCUUCAACGACACGCCCAUCGUCAGGGCGUCGGGUCGAGAGCUCAGCUACGUUCUACUGACAGGAAUCUUCCUGAUCUACCUGAUCACCUUCCUGAUGAUCGCGGAGCCGGGUGCGGUGGUGUGUGCGUUCCGGCGCCUCCUGCUGGGCCUCGGCAUGGCCCUCACCUACUCCGCCAUGUUGACCAAAACCAACCGCAUCUACCGCAUCUUCGAGCAGGGCAAGAAGUCGGUGACCCCGCCCAAAUUCAUCAGCCCCACCUCCCAGCUCGCCAUCACCUUCAUCCUCGUCUGCGUCCAGGUCCUAGGUGUGUUUGUGUGGUUCGCCGUCAUCCCCCCUCACACCAUCAUCGACUAUGAGGAGCUCCGCCCCCCAAACCCUGACUACGCCAGAGGCAUCCUGAAGUGUGACAUGUCCGACCUGUCAAUCAUCGGCUGCCUCAGCUACAGCAUCGUGCUCAUGGUGACGUGUACGGUGUACGCGGUGAAGAGUCGCGGUGUCCCGGAGACGUUCAACGAGGCGAAGCCGAUCGGCUUCACCAUGUACACCACCUGCAUCGUGUGGCUCGCCUUCGUGCCCAUCUUCUUUGGGACCGCCAAGUCCACUGAGAAGAUGUUCAUUCAGACGGCGACUCUGACCGUGUCCAUGUCGCUCAGUGCGUCCGUGUCUCUCGGGAUGCUCUACGUGCCCAAGGUCUACGUCAUCGUCUUCCAUCCUGAGCAGAACGUCCAGAAGAGGAAGAGGAGCAUCAAGGCGGUCUCCCAAGUGGCCAGAUUGUCUCAAAAAUCUUUAAAUGACAAACAAAAUGGAGAAACAAAGAUUGUACCUGACAGAUCACAGUGAUACGACAAACUACAGCUGUUGACCAAUCCCUGUGAAGCGCCUGAUGACAUCAUCUUCGUGAAGAUUGUUGAUUUUUUGACGACUCAGAGAAAAGUGAAUAAUGUGAAACAGUCUUUGUGCUUUUAUUUCUUUACCUGACUUUAUAUUCGACUUGAAUCAUUUGAGAAAUCAAUUCAUCUGCCGUGAGGAAUCUGAUCUUCUGAGAAGUAGAAGCCAUUACGACCCAGCUCAUCAUUUUGUUUUUGAAAAUCAGACUGAAUGUUCUAGUGUUUAUAGUGAAGACGGAGAAGUUGAGAUUUGUGAAUAUGGAGCAAACUGCACGUGUUAUACAACAUGAGACAAAUACAUGUGUGUGGUUUCAAUGUGAUUUUCACAAACUGAUCACAUAUGUGUUUUAUCAGGACUGAGCUCAUGGAGGUGGUGUGUGGGACAGCACCUCCCCCUGGUGGCUGCUUUGAAAUUGAUUAUUUUCGGGACACUAAAAAUGGAACAACCGGCAUCAAUUAAGUAAUACUAUUGAUUUAUUAAUCGAGUAGUUAACUAUUUUGAUAACUGAUUACUGUGAUUUGUCUUUAAGAAAAGAUUUUAGCUUCUUAAAUUUGAGUAUUUUCUAGUGAAAACAUAACGUGUCUUUUCAACAUCUUGAUUCUUCUAAACUGUGAACUACA